AUGGCUACUACCAGAAAUCACAACAAUAGUAAUAAACACAGAGAGAAACUGAAAAGAGAUGAGGUUAUUAUCAACCCACUUCAUUCUGUAUUUGACAAUACUGAAAGUAUAACUACCAAAGAAACAUCAUUAGAUGAAUGGAAAUCAAUAUUCCCUCAAGCUGCCAUAUUUACAGAAUAUGAUGAUAUACUAUUUGAACAAAUCAUAACCAUGGUUUAUCGAAAUUUGAAAACCGAUAAAAUAUCAGUUAAGUCAAUAACUAAAUAUGGGAUAUCAACAUAUGAUAAUAUGAGAUUAAAUCAUAGUUCAAGAUUUUGGCCAGCUUGUGAGAAUUUAUUAUUAAAAUAUCAAAAAUCAAAUGUUAGAAGAUCACUUGCAAUUUCAAAUUUGAAAAACUCAAAUAAAUUAUUAAACCAUUCAGGUGAACUAGCGAAUGACAAACGUCUUCCCAAUUGGGAUGAAACAGAUGCUGGAAAUUUGGCUAAUAAUAUGAAAUUAAUGCAAGGAAAAUUACCUGAAGAUAUUGGGAUGACUUUAUUGCAAUUGGGUAUUUUACAACAACAUCAUUUAAAUUCUUAUGGGAUGGAUGUAAUUUAUGAUAAUACUUCAAUAACUACAAAUAAAGAAACCAUUGAAGAUAACAAUAGAUUGGUUUACCUAUUAGGUGAGCAAUUAGAUCAUUUGUUUGAUCCAUUAUUGGAGUAUUCUCCCGAACAAAUGUCAUUUGUCUAUGUUCCACCACAAGACGUCAGUGAUGAACUUCCUAAAAUCUCAGAAACUAAGUUGAUGCAUUCUAUAAUUGAUGAAUUGGUUUCUGUACAAACAAGCUUCACAAAUAAAUUAGUCGAAUUGUUACAAAAUUUCAUUAUCCCACUACGUGCAAGUGUAUUAAGUUCAAAAGAAUCAUCAAGUGGAAUAACUAAAAUAAAUCAGAUUUUCCCACCAACAAUAGAUGAAAUAACAAGAAUAAAUCGAAUAUUAAAUGAUGCUUUAUCUAAAGCAAAAUCAAUUAAUUACAUUGAAGUUUUGAAAGCAGUGGGAAAUAUUCUACCUUAUUUUUAUAAACCAUUUGUUCGUCAUGAAGCAAAUCUUAAAGAUUUUUAUCUGAGAUUAUACAAAUUUGCAAAUAAUAACAAAAAGAAUAUUUUUGAAAAUUCAAAUAUUAAUAUAAAAGGUUAUACAAUUAGAGAAAUUGAUGGAAUAAUAACAGGUUCAUUAAUGGAAUUACCAAGAUUAAAGUUAAUUCUAAAACGAUUAUAUGAAACUAUUGAUUCUGAAGAAUUAAAAGCACAAAAUUUUGAAUACAUCAAUAGUCAUAGUGAUAAAGUGAAAAUGUAUUAUGAUUCUGCAAUUCAAGUAAUUGAUGCAUUUGGUGGUCUGGAUGAAGAAACAGAAGAACAAUCGACUAAUGAUCAUGAAGAAUUAAAACAAAGAAUAUUUACUCCUACUGGUAAAAUCCUUACUGAAUUAGCAACUAAUUGGCCUGCAGAAUUACAAUAUGGAUGGUUAUCAAGAAAAGUUGUCGGGAUAUACGAAUUAGGUAAUAUCAAAUCUGAUUCUCCUCAUUCAUCUGAUAUUUUGAUUAUAUUUUCUGAUCAUUUAUUAUUCUUGACAAUCGUUGAUAAUCAGAACUAUUUAGAAGAAGAACAUUCUGAUGGGGUUAUUAAAAAGAUUUCCGUCAGUGAUGCAUUGAUGCAUUCUUUGGUUAAUGAAAAGCCGUUACCUCAUUUGGAUAGUUUCCCUGCUAUGGAAGUAACUGCUUGGUGUAAUAUCGAAGAUGUUUUAGCUAGUGGGUACUAUGCCUUUGAUGAUGCAGGUGAUGAGAAGUGUGAAUAUAUCAGAUUUUUGAAUACAACUUUAACUGGAUUUAAAUCAUUGAUUUGCAAGAAACAUUUUACAAGAAAUUACAAACUUGAACAUUGUGAUUCAUCGACUAUUAUUGAUUUAAUUCAUAAAGCUAAAUUAUUACACAAGAGUUCACCAUUUCAUUUAUUUAAAUCAAGUAAGAAGAAGCUAAACGUUUAUUAUACUGCUCAUGAUAGAUCAGUAUAUGAAAAUGAAAUCUCCCAAUCACCAUUUGCUUUGUUUUUAAACAUGAAAAUCGAUGUUCCUGAAUACUUCAAAAUGAAUCCAAAUUUACAAUUAUUAUUACAAGCUUCAUUUAUAGAUGAUAAAAAGAUUCAAAUUACAGGAUAUGAACGAUCAUCCAAAAGACAAGUUAAUGAAUUCAUCACCGAAGGUCAAUUCCAAGAUUUUUUACAACUGAAAGUAAUUGAUUCAUUUUACAGUAUGUUUAGAACUUACAACAAUGUCACCAAGAAUUUGAUAAAAUCCAAUGCAAGUGAUUUAGAAUAUAUUGCUAAUAGAUGUACCGAUAAGGAGGACAAAAAGUUAUCUGAGCAAGUGAAAUAUCUUCCUGGUCAAAUGCACCAACCAGUAUCAUCACAGCAACGUCAAAAGCCUCACCACAAAUCAAAAUCAUCUGAACCGAUCAUGAUUCCUGAAAGCUGUAUGGACAGAGUUGAAGUACCUGCAAGAUAUGAAUCGGAAGCCGAUGACUCACAAAUGAAAAAGAGGAAAUCUAUAUGUGAUAUAUUCAAAAAGAAACAAGAACAUGAACCAUUGGUUAUUUCUCAUCCAAUUCCUGUGCAAAAAUCUGAUGCACCAUCAAUUAAAAGCAAUGUUAGUCAAACUUUUAUUCCAAGAGGUACUAAAAAUGAAUAUAUCAAUACACUCAGACCAAUUCCUACAUUGCAUCAAAUUGCAGAACAACCAAAUAAUCAUAGAUUAAUCACACCUGAAUCAGUUUUUCAUCAUCAACAAUUGAUGGAAUCACCAGAUGAAAAGGGUACUACUGAUACAUCAACUCCUUCUAUAGAUGUUCUGCCAGAUUUCAAAUUCCCAUCAUCCUCUCAAGCACUUAAAGAUCCAAUACUGUUACAACAAGUUGAAUAUCCACCGGUUGUAAAAAAAGAAACGAUAUCUACAUCAAUAAAACUGGCUAAUCCGAAAACCAUUAAAAGAAUUUCUACUGUUGAUAGUAAUAGACUUCAUCUCAAAAGAAAAUCAGGAAAUUUCAAAACAGAAUGUUACAAAUCAUUACCAAUUGGAAUUGUUGAUAGCCCGGCAACUGGUGAGAUGUCUUCACCUAAUUGGGAAGCAAUCAGUGUUAGUAGAAAUAGUUCCAUCACAACAUACAGUAGAAAUAGUUCCAUUAGAUUGGGUAAUGAAAUUGGAAGUAGACAAGAAGGAUCAAAUUUAAGAAAUUAUGUUUUAACAAAUGAAAGAAAUGGUCCUUUUACUAAUGAAAAUGAAGAAAUUGCAACUCGUGUAACUAAUAUUGGUUCAUUACGUCAUCCACCUGCUCAAUAUCAAAGACAAUCAAUAAGAAAAUAUCAAACUAGUACUACACCACAAAGAGGUCAUUCUAUUGGUUCCAAAACUUUAUCAUCUACAUUUUCAGUUAAACGUACAUCAACUGGAGUUACAACACCAAGAUCACAGAUAUCACCAUAUUUUGGCGAUAAAUUUUUCACCACUAAUGCAACUGCAGCAGUAUUUACAGCACCUCCAAGAAAACCAAAACUAGUUGAAAUUUCAAGAGAAGAUUCUGUUCAAUCUUUAACACCUUCAGAAAUAGCUAAUGAAUUGGCACAAUUUAUUGAUACUGAAUUUGGUGUAACAAAAAAUGAUGAACCUAUUUCUCGAUAUCAUAAUUCCAAUUUGAGUGCUAUCACAUUGACAAGUUCAAGUGAUGAUGAAAUAAUUGUUCUUGGUGGUGGUGAUGAUGAUGAUGAUGAUACUGAUGAAGAGGAGAACGAGGAAGAUGAACAAUUCUAUUCACCUAAUGAAGAACCUAAUCUUAAUAGAAAUACAAGUCAAUCAGAAUCAAGUGAAGCUACUGUUACAUCAAAUAGAUUUAUCAUUUCAAGUGAUUGUUCAAGACAAUCUAUGAUUUGUAUUAAAGAUGAAUCAAUUGCUGAAUUAUCAACAUAUUUUGAAAAAUCCAUAAAUAUAUAG